AGAGGGGGAUGAUUCCCCAGUAGGAGUGCCUGCCCUGCUCCAAGGUGCCGCUUGGUCCCCCCAACCUGGGAAGACUGCUUCUUGUGUGACGCCAGCCUGUGGAAGAGACCCCAAUGGACUUACACCGGGCAGCCUUCAAGAUGGAGAACUCAUCCUACCUCCCCAACCCUCUGGCCUCCCCAGCACUGAUGGUUUUGGCGUCCACAGCCGAGGCCAGCCGGGAUGCGUCCAUCCCUUGUCAGCAGCCACGGCCCUUUGGCGUACCCGUCUCAGUAGACAAGGACGUACACAUCCCAUUCACCAAUGGCUCCUACACCUUUGCCUCUAUGUACCAUCGGCAAGGUGGGGUGCCAGGCACCUUUGCCAACCGUGAUUUCCCACCUUCCUUACUGCACCUCCACCCUCAAUUUGCUCCCCCAAAUCUAGAUUGCACCCCAAUCAGUAUGCUGAAUCACAGUGGUGUCGGGGCUUUCCGUCCCUUUGCCUCCACUGAGGACCGGGAGAGCUAUCAGUCCGCCUUCACGCCAGCCAAGCGACUUAAGAACUGCCAUGACACAGAGUCACCCCAUUUGCGCUUCUCAGAUGCAGAUGGCAAGGAAUAUGACUUUGGGACACAGCUGCCAUCUAGCUCUCCCGGCUCACUUAAAGUGGACGACACUGGGAAGAAGAUUUUUGCGGUCUCUGGCCUCAUUUCAGAUCGGGAAGCCUCAUCUAGCCCAGAAGAUCGGAAUGACAGAUGUAAGAAGAAGGCAGCAGCAUUGUUUGACAGCCAGGCCCCCAUUUGCCCCAUCUGCCAAGUCCUGCUGAGGCCCAGCGAGCUGCAGGAGCACAUGGAGCAGGAGCUUGAACAACUGGCCCAACUGCCUGCCAGCAAGAAUUCCCUUCUGAAGGAUGCCAUGGCUUCAGGCACUCCCAAGUCCCUCCUGCUGUCUGCCUCCAUCAAGCGGGAAGGAGAGUCUCCCACGGCCUCACCACACUCCUCCGCCACUGACGACCUACACCACUCGGACAGAUACCAGACCUUCCUGCGAGUGCGAGCCAACCGGCAGACCCGACUGAAUGCUCGGAUUGGGAAAAUGAAACGGAGGAAGCAAGAUGAAGGGCAGGUAUGUCCCCUGUGCAGCCGCCCCCUGGCAGGAUCGGAACAGGAGAUGAGUAGGCAUGUGGAGCGUUGCCUUGCAAAGAGGGAAGGCUCCUGCAUGGCUGAGGAGGAUGCUGUGGACAUCGAGCAUGAGAACAGCAACCGCUUUGAGGAGUAUGAGUGGUGCGGACAGAAGCGGAUACGAGCCACCACUCUUCUGGAAGGUGGUUUCCGAGGCUCCGGCUUCGUCAUGUGCAGCGGCAAAGAGAACCCGGACAGUGAUGCGGACUUGGAUGUGGAUGGGGAUGACACUCUGGAGUACGGGAAGCCACAAUACACGGAAGCUGAUGUCAUUCCCUGCACAGGCGAGGAACCUGGGGAAGCCAAGGAGAGAGAAGCACUCCGGGGCGCAGUCCUAAAUGGUGGCCCUCCCAGCACCCGCAUCACGCCCGAGUUCUCUAAAUGGGCCAGUGAUGAGAUGCCGUCCACCAGCAACGGUGAGAGCAGCAAGCAGGAUGCCAUGCAGAAGACCUGCAAGAACAGCGACAUCGAGAAAAUCACUGAAGACUCUGCUGUGACCACAUUUGAGGCCCUGAAGGCCCGGGUCAGGGAGCUGGAACGACAGCUAUCUCGCGGGGACCGUUACAAAUGCCUCAUCUGCAUGGACUCCUACUCAAUGCCCCUAACGUCCAUCCAGUGUUGGCACGUGCACUGCGAGGAGUGCUGGCUGCGGACCCUGGGUGCCAAGAAGCUGUGUCCUCAGUGCAACACGAUCACAGCGCCCGGAGACCUGCGAAGGAUCUACUUGUGAGCCAGCCAGCCCGGCAGCCUC